AUGACAUCGUUAACAAGACGUAAACCACAAUUACCAUCAACGACAAGUGAUGGUGGAAUAUAUAAUGAAUCGGCUAGUAAUAGUAUAUCUCAAUUGAAUCAAAAUGAUCGUGAUAGAGAUGAUGAACGUGAUAAUGAUGAUGAUAAAGAAACACGUCUUACACUUAUGGAAGAAGUACUUUUACUUGGAUUGAAAGAUCGAGAAGGUUAUACAUCAUUUUGGAAUGAUUGUAUAUCAUCAGGUUUACGUGGAUGUAUUUUAACUGAAUUAGGUUUUCGUGGUCGUGUUGAAUUAGAAAAAACUGGUGCACGUCGUAAAGCAUUAGCUAAUCGAAAAGUCAUGUUACUUGAUGAUACAGCUACAGGUGAUGUUUUACUUGAUGAAGCUUUACGACAUAUUAAAGAAACACAACCACCAGAAACAGUACAAAGUUGGAUUGAAUAUCUUAGUGGUGAAUGUUGGAAUCCAUUAAAAUUAAAAUAUCAAUUACGAAAUGUUCGUGAACGUUUGGCAAAGAAUCUUGUUGAUAAGGGUAUAUGUAGUACUGAAAAACAAAAUUUUUUUCUAUUUGAUAUGACAACACAUCCACUUAAUGAUAACGUACAUAAAACAAAAUUAAUUAAAAAAAUUCAAGAUAGUGUUUUAUCACGUUGGCCAAAUGAUCCACGUCGUAUGGAUAAACGUAUAUUAGCACUUAUUUAUUUGGCACAUUCAAGUGAUGUUCUUGAAAAUGCAUUCACUUCGUUAUCAGAUGAAGAUUAUGAAGUAGCCAUGAAACAUGUCCGUGAAUUACUCGAUCUUGAUCCUGAUCAAGAAUCAAGCAAAUAUGAAACGAAAAUGGAAAUUAUGUGGGCUGUCGUAUCAGCAUUUAAUAAAUAA